AUGAACGACACGGCGGCGGAUGCCGGCGAGCUGGGCGGCGUCGUGUGGAGUACGUCCAAGGCGCUGCUGUUCGUGUUCCAGUUGCUCGUCAUGUUGGAAACAAUCUUCGGAAACCUGCUCGUGGUACUGUCCGUCAAGAUGGAGAAGAAGUUGCAGACGCCCUUCAACUAUUAUAUCGUCAAUCUGGCCAUCACGGAUAUGAACGUGGGCAUUUCAGUGAUGUCACUGUUCGCCAUCUACAACCUGUACGGCUACUUCCCGUUCAGCACCUUUGUUUGUGGCUACUGGGUGUGGAGCGACUACACCAUGACGUUCGAGUCGGUGUUCACGUUGAUGACCAUCAGUAUUGACCGAUUUUGGUCGGUCACGUGGUCCACGCACUACCGCAACACGUACAGCGUCAAGAAGUGUCUGAUCCUGCUGGGCCUCACCUGGUGCGUCGUCAACACGAUCUGGCUGCCGGCCUUCAUUUACGACAGGGUGGCCAACGCGUACGCCGUGGGCGAGUGCUACUGGGACCCGCUACGCAACCGCUACCUGGGACCAGCAUGCUAG